AUGAUAUUUGGAUUAGGAAGACUAUUUUACGUCAUAUUGCUCUUGAUUAAUUCAGUGGCAGUGUUGAGCGAAGAAAGGUUUUUGAGAAGAAUUGGACUCGGGUCUAACUCAAGCCAAGCCCCAGCAUUUGGUCAACAGGAAAACAGCACGAAGUCCAAAGUCAUACAGUUGAUUAGUGCAAUCCAAACACUACUAAGAAUUCCUUUGAUUGGUAUAAACAUACUGGUCAUUGUAUAUGAACUUGUACUAGGGUAG